AUGUAUGGCGACCUGGUUGGGGUAUUAAGGGGUGCCAAUAGUAACAAUUCGAACAUAUUGAAGGCGAUUAGAGCCUUUGAGAAGAUUAAGAUCGGACGAGAUCCAGCUAGUGACAUCUUCAUAGAUCACAGAGUCGUGUCUAUGCAACAUUGUUAUAUAACUUCAAGAGUGCAUGUGGAAGGAGAGGACGCCAUUAUUGUCUAUUUGACGGAUAAAAGCGUUAAUGGGACUUAUAUAAAUGGCAAAUUAGUUGGGUAUAACAAAACGGUAAUAUUGUUCUCAGGAUGCAUCUUAUCCUUUGGAUCACAGCAUUUAAACUUAUUGUAUAUCCAAGCUGGAAACAGAGAGAUCAUUGAUCAAUCGUUCCAUAUGACGUUUCGACCUGGAAGUUUGUAUUAUGGUGAUAAAAACCUCUCUGAUAGGAAAAUUACACUAAAAGUUACGCAUCAAAUGAUUGGCUGUGGUAAACAGGCAAGUGUUUAUCUGGCUUACGACGCAUCAUCACCUCGUAAGCAAGUAGCAUGUAGAGUUACAAAGAGAGACUAUUUUUCAACUGUCAACAGAGAAACUGAAAUCUUGAAAAAUAACAGACAUAUGAAUGUUCUAUGUAUGAUUGCACAAUAUGAAGAUUCUACCGAUUAUAGAAGCUUAUAUUCGAUCUUACCUCUUUAUACUGGAGGUACUUUACGAGAUCUGAUAAAUGAAAAGGAUAUCUAUGAGGGAGAUGGUCUCUUCAUGUUUAAACAGUUACUAUCUGGCCUUGCUUACAUACAUAACAAGGAAAUUAUACAUUGCGAUGUCAAGCCUGAAAACAUUCUGCUUGCAUAUCCAUCGAGGUACCCCAGACUUGUUAUUAGUGAUUUUGGUCUUUCCAUGUUUCGCACGGAAGCCACGAAAGGCUGGCCAGCAAACUAUGGCACGUUACGGGAUCACGCGCCUGAAAGUCUUAGAUUGGAACCAUUUGAUGAAAAGGUAGAUUGCUGGUCCGCAGGUAUUCUUCUCUAUUGGAUGUUGUCUGAAUGCCAUCCCUUUUAUGCUGGUGGUCGUCUUAACUCUGAAAAGUAUGUGUCUAUUGUACAAAAUGCAACAGUCGAUUUAAGCAAAGGAGGUAUAAUAAAUACGUCUGAUGAAGUGAAAUGUAUGAUUACGAAGUUAUUAGAGAAGAAUAGGGAUGCGAGGUGGUCAGCUCAAGACUGCUUGAAUUAUACGGAGCUAUGGAAAAGAUUCCCCGAAAAUGCAAAAGCAGUUGAAGAAAUGUCGCAUGAUUUUCAGUAUGAACGAUAUGCUUGGUUUGAUGAUGAACCAAAAACGCAAGUCGAUAUUGAUCCAUGUAAAAAUGUAAGAAAACUUGCUACUCACCCUGACAAAGAUGAGCAGGCCACUGCCGAGAUUAAACACAGACGAGGGACGGCUGUAUUUAACUCACUGUUUAAAUACAGCGAUCAUAUUGUUCCUGACCCUAUUGAACAUCCCGAAUUGAUAUCGAUUAUCAACCAAUACAGAUACCCCAAACUGCACCUACAAGGACAGUUCAACUUUGAAUAUCAAUAA